AAAAGUCCUUCUGACUAUUUAUAUCAGGUUGAUUACGAGAUGAAACGUGCAUUCAAGAAGGUAAAUUGUCUGAAGAUUGCCUGAUACUAGAUAGAAAGCUGCAAGUCAUCGAAUGUUUUUCUUCUCUACUAUUGACGUCAUAGAUAAUAGUUGAAUGUGAUUGGCCAAGCCGAACACACCUCUGGUUGUCUGCUACCUCAAGGUUAUUCUCGAAACAGCUGACAAAAUGGCGUGUCGGCGAGCGCUUCAUGCGCACUGCCGACAGCAUAAUAUUUGCUUGCAACAUCUUUCAUCAAGUGUAAGGAAUAGUGCUGUCAAUGUGAAAAAAUUCCACACCCAAAGUGCUCUGUCAAACAAGUGUGAAUUUGGAUUCUUGUUUGAUAUUGAUGGAGUGAUUGUUCGUGGAAAGAAACCUUUGCCUUUGGCAAAACAAGCUUUUCAACUAUUAACAAAGGACAGACAAUUCAAAGUUCCAACACUUUUCGUCACGAAUGCUGGGAAUUCUUUACGGAGUAAAAAGGCUCAACAAUUGUCGGAAUGGUUAGAUAUUGAGGUGUCAGAAGAGCAAGUUGUGAUGUCCCAUAGUCCCCUCAAGAUGUUUCGGCAGUUUCAUGACAAGCAUUGUCUGGUCAAUGGGCAAGGCCCCAUCAAAGAGAUUGCUCAGAACAUCGGAUUCACGCAUGUAACCACCACAGAGGAGUUGAAUCAACAAUUUCCAAAUCUUGACAAAAUGGAUCAUCUAAGGAGAAAACCUGCUCCUUGUGCAUUUGAAGAAUAUUUUCCUCGAAUUGAUGCUGUGAUUCUUUUUGGAGAGCCUGUUAGAUGGGAAAUGCCACUACAGAUAAUAACUGAUGUCUUGCUGACCAAUGGGAAACCUUGUAACGACUUGUUGGAAAUCCCAUACCCUCAUCUACCGGUUCUGGCUUGUAACAUGGAUUUAUUAUGGAUGUCGGAAGCCAGUAUGCCUAGGUAAGUUGCAUUAUAUGUUUUCUCCAGUAUUUGAAUGGGAAUGAAAGGAGAGGUUUCUUUCAAGUCUCAAUUAUCACUGAGGUUUGUGCUCUUUAUUUACUUUUUGUUCUCUUCUCUUUGCUUUUAUCUGCGGGUGGUACAUGUUUAAAUAGUCAGCAACAAGGUCAGAGAAUUUGUAUUCUGGUUAUAUAGAAUCUUGUAUGUUGCGAAAUAAUUAAUAAAACAUGUCCUUGUGUUUCUUCUCUUUAGUGGGUGGUGUGCGGGUGCUAUAGUUUGGUUUGCUCCUUCUCUCCUGUCA